UUUCCAAGAUGGCGACGACCUUCAUCAGAGUGUCCCCGACCCUCACUCUACGCCUAAAAUUUGCAGCAAGCAACUUUCAAAGACAGACUAUAAACAACUGUCGCUCUCUCUCUACAUCACCGAAACUCUACAGAGAAUACUAUUUUAAUGACAAGCAUGAUCCGAAUGAGUCUAAAUUUGACAAAGUCCUUAUUGCAAACCGUGGUGAGAUAGCAUGCCGUGUAAUACAGAGCUGUCGCAGGUUGGGUAUCAAGUCAGUGGCUGUGCAUAGUGAAGUGGAUUCAAAUGCAAAACAUGUAAAGCUAGCAGAUGAGGCAGUAUGUAUUGGACCAGCAGCCAGCGCGCAGAGUUAUUUACGCAUGGAUCGCAUCCUGGAGGCUGUGAAAGCUACGGGGGCCCAAGCAGUGCACCCUGGGUAUGGUUUCCUCUCUGAAAAUACAGAAUUUGCAGCUAAACUGGCUGAAAAUGGAGUGGCAUUCAUCGGGCCAAACAGCAAAGCUAUUCAAGCUAUGGGAGAUAAGAUAAUGAGUAAGAAGAUCGCUAAUGAAGCUAAGGUCAACUGCAUCCCAGGAUUUGAUGGAGUCGUGACUGAUCCUGAUCAUGCAGUGAAACUGGCUAAUGAUAUAGGUUACCCUGUAAUGGUGAAGGCUUCUGCUGGUGGUGGGGGUAAAGGAAUGAGAGUGGCCUGGAAUGACCAGGAAACGAGGGAUGCAUACCGUUUAUCUAAAGGAGAAGCUGCCUCAAGUUUUGGAGAUGACAGACUACUCAUAGAAAAGUACAUUGACAACCCAAGACACAUUGAAGUACAGGUUCUAUGUGACCAACAUGGAAAUGGUAUUUACUGCAAUGAAAGAGAGUGCUCCAUUCAAAGGAGAAACCAGAAAGUUAUAGAGGAGGCCCCAAGUACAUUUGUUGACCCUGCUAUGAGAAUUGCAAUGGGAGAGCAGGCAGUUUCUCUAGCUAAGGCCGUUGGUUACUCCAGUGCAGGAACUGUCGAGUUCCUCGUUGAUUCUCAAAAAAACUUUUAUUUUCUGGAGAUGAAUACGAGACUACAAGUGGAACAUCCCAUUACAGAAUGUAUCACGGGAGUUGAUUUAGUGCACCAGAUGUUACGCUCUGCUAAAGGUCAUAAGUUGCUGUUGACUCAAGACGAUAUUGGAGUAAAUGGUUGGUCAUUUGAAUGUCGUGUAUAUGCAGAGGAUCCUACAAAGAACUUUGGGCUGCCAUCUGUUGGUAGACUUAACAGAUACAUAGAGCCAGAGGGUCUAGAGAGGGUUCGUUGUGACAGUGGGAUACGAGAGGGAAGUGAGAUCAGUAUUUAUUACGACGCUAUGAUCUGUAAGUUGGUGACAUGGGGAAACACAAGACAGGAAGCACUUGACACAAUGACUGAUGCACUUGAUAGAUAUGUCAUCAGAGGUGUUACUCAUAAUAUUCCACUUCUAAGAGAUAUUGUCACAGAAGAGAGAUUUGUGUCGGGGAAUAUUAGUACCAACUAUUUACCAGAAGUAUAUCCAGAGGGCUUCCAGGGCAAGACACUAUCCCAAACAGAGUCUUACAACCUUGCAGCUAUUGCCUGUUGUGUCCAUGUGAAAGAUGAAAUCCGACAGAGGUCCUUUACGAAUGAACUGAGAAUGGCCGGCCAACAGACAACUCAUAUACGAAAAGACCCCAUAUUAGACAGAAAUCCUUUAGAGUUCACAGAACAGCGUGUUUGGAAUCUCAAUGCCAGUAUUGGCGACCAUUAUAUAGAGGCAAAAGUCACUCAUAAAUCAGACUUUUUUGAGGUGGUAGUUGGAGGAGAGAAGUUCAAGGUCGCGAAUAACUUCAAUCUCACAAAUCCUAUCAUAGACACCGACGUCAAUGGUCACGAUCUCUGCCUACAGUUUAUUUCCCAUAGAGGAAAUGGGGACGUCAAGUUGCAAUAUCUCGGCACAGUGUUCCGCGUAAACGUGUUGAACACUCAUGUUGCCGAUAUGCUGCAGUAUAUGCCUGAGAAAGUAGAAAUAGAUACGAGCACCGUUGUCAUGGCACCCAUGCCAGGAUUGGUCAAAUCAGUUGCCGUGGAAGUUGGACAACAAGUUGCGGAAGGGAUGGAGGUUUGUGUACUCGAAGCGAUGAAGAUGCAGAACAGUUUAGUUGCAGCCAAAGAUGGAAUCAUCAAGAAAGUAUGUUUCAAGGCCGGAGACACAGUGGGGGAGGAAGAUGUCAUCAUUGAAUUGGAGUGAUGUCAUCAUUGAAUUAGACUGAUGUCAUAAUAUCCAGAUGAUUUCAUUAUGAAAAAGUGAUGUCAUUUAAGACAAUAUAUUUCAUCAUUAACUAUGUGAUGCGAUCACAGACUAUGUGAUGUCAUAAUUGAAAGAAAACAAUGACAUUGUUGCUAUAGCGCCACUGUUUACGCAUUCGGUGUGCUUGUACGAUAUUGGUGCAAAUUAGACUCUUAAUGGAAAAACAAAUUAAUUGAUAGUUGCUCAGGCCAACACGUGGUCUCAAAUUUUUGGUAUUUAAGCCUAAAAUGGAGAUUCUUGAAAGAAUGGGUCUCAAUUUUUGCCCCCCCCCCGCCACUUGUCUCAUAUUGCAAGUCGACCCAUGUGAAGUAAUUAUGGUGCCAUAGGUAGAUCUUUACAAUUGGUAGAUCUUUACAAUAGGCAGAUCUUUACAAUAUGUAGAUCUUUACAAUAAACCCUGCCACCCUUUGCAAGAAAAAGGAAACCAGGAUAGAUUGGUAAGAUUGUUUGUGUUGUUGGUAACAAUGAUUCAGAACAAAAAGAAUUACUUUAUUGCCAGUUUUGAAAGACUUUUAGACUGUCUUACUUCAAGACUGUGGACCCCCCCCGCCCCUCCCCCCCUAAGGUUUAUCUACUUCCUCAACAGGUUGUGUGUAUUUGGGGAGGGGGUUGGGAGGACUCACAAGGGAUUGUAGCUAGAAUAAAAAAAAUUUAAAAUAUUCCCUGUAAACAUCCCUACAUACAACCUAUGAUGUCAUAAAUCUGGCCUAUGAACUGUAUAUGUCGCUUCCUUAACAAAGAUAUGGUUAUUGUAUUGAUCUAUCAUAAGUGAUUUCUUCAUUUGAAGUCCUUCCGUAUGUAUUUUGUAUAAAACAUGACAUCACUGACAUAGUUUUAUGAGAUUUUGGUUGAUAAAGUACUAAUUGUUUGUAUUCGUGUAAAUGUUUUCUAUUGUGCUUUGCAAAAUACAGGGUGACCUAAAAAAAUGCAACCCUCUAAUUUUGGAAUAAUCUUCUUAAUUUCCUAUUUUAAUAGUGUUCAGUGAAACAAACAGAAAUAUUGCCGAUUUGAGAGAUUUAGAAAUCGUGUAAACAAUAGAAAGAAAUAAGAAAGAAUUCCAAAAUAUAGGAUUGCAUUUUUUGUGUCACCCUGUGCAGGUCAUGACAUACCAAGUAUGUGGAAGUUAUUAACAAUAUAUUGCACAUGUAUAUUAAUAAUUAUGACUUUUAAAGAAAUAUUAUAUAUUGUUAUUAUCAUUAUUGAUUCUAUGCUUAGCAUUUAUAUUGUGUUGUAAAAGGACAAUGUUUAAAUUCAUUAUAUUAUCAAAAGUAAGUUUUAUGAGAAAAUAUGUUUUUUCAAAUUUGAUGAAAUAAAUGUAAUUAUUAUAUUACUAUUAUAUUCACUUCGAUAGACCUUUCCAAAAAAUCCUGC